CUGCCAAGUUUCCAGAACCGACAGAUUAAACAGCUUGACACGCUUCCUCUCUAUUUCUAAGCUAUAACAAUAAGAAUUAACAAUAAAACUUAUUUAUUUUUAUAUUGAGCAAGUUAUAAGUACUAGUAUAUUUUAUAAAAAUGAGUACUAUAUUGGAAAAAAUUGCCGCUAUAGAGUCUGAGAUGGCUCGAACGCAAAAAAAUAAAGCAACGGCUUUGCAUUUAGGGUUACUUAAAGCUCGCCUAGCUAAGCUAAGACGUGAACUUAUUACACCUAAAGGUGGCGGCGGUGCCACUGGUGAAGGUUUCGAUGUCGCAAAAACUGGUGAUGCUCGUAUUGGUUUUGUUGGGUUUCCAUCGGUGGGAAAAUCCACUCUCCUAUCCAACUUGGCUGGAGUUUACUCUGAAGUAGCAGCUUAUGAGUUCACAACGUUAACCACCGUCCCCGGCUGCAUUAAAUAUAAAGGAGCUAAAAUCCAGUUGCUUGAUUUGCCCGGUAUCAUCGAAGGUGCUAAGGAUGGUAAAGGAAGAGGUCGUCAAGUCAUAGCGGUUGCUCGUACGUGUAGUCUUAUAUUCAUAGUACUUGACGUUUUGAAACCCCUUCAGCAUAAGAAACUUCUAGAACACGAGUUGGAAGGAUUCGGACUGAGAUUAAAUAAGCAACCUCCAAACAUACACUUUCGAAAAAAAGACAAAGGAGGAAUUAACUUGAACAACACAUGUCCACAAACAGAGCUAGACUAUGAAACAGUUAGAACUAUUCUCUCGGAAUACAAGAUUCAUAAUGCGGAUAUAACUCUGAGAUAUGAUGCGACUAGUGAUGACCUUAUUGAUGUCAUCGAAGGAAAUAGAAUAUAUGUACCAUGCAUUUAUCUGUUGAAUAAGAUUGAUCAAAUAAGCAUAGAAGAAUUAGAUGUUAUAUACAAGAUACCACACUGCGUGCCUAUAUCAGCUCACCAUAAAUGGAAUUUUGAUGACUUGUUGGAGAAAAUGUGGGAAUACUUAAAACUAAUUAGGAUAUACACAAAGCCGAAGGGACAGCUGCCUGAUUAUAAUGCACCUGUUGUUUUACACGCUGAUCGAACUAGCGUCGAAGACUUCUGUAACAAACUGCAUAGAUCUAUAGUUAAGGAGUUCAAAUAUGCCUUAGUAUGGGGUUCAUCUGUCAAACAUCAGCCGCAGAAAGUUGGCAUCGAACAUAUCCUGGCUGACGAAGAUGUUGUGCAGAUCGUGAAAAAAGUCUAACCUAUACCAACCUAUAUAACCCAUAUAAGUAUAUAUGUAAAUCCUAUUGUUUAAUAAACUCACAUCUGUUUGUCUUUAUUUUUAUAGUUAUAGAUGGUAAAAGAGAACUAUUUAAAUAUACAUGUUCAAGAUUCAAUGUUAUACAGAAUUAUUGGAGGUUCAUAAAAAAAUAAUUUCGACCAUAGCUUUGAUUUGUAUUCCAUUAAUAAUUUUUUUUUUUAAUACUCUGAAUAUUUUUUUAAGAGCAAUAAAUGAUGCACAAUAAAAAAAAAUAUUGUUUUCCCUCACAUAAUGAUUUGGUUAUAUACAAGCAACGAAACUAUAUGCAUAUGUAUAUACAAAUGUAUUUUUAUUAUUAAAUAGGUACAGUAAGAUAACGCGUGGUUCAUUACAGUGUUACGUAAUAAAAGAUUUUGUUUUAUACAAA